AUGCAUUCUGAUGAUCAAUCACAUAAUAAUGUAUCAAAUGGAUCUUCAUCUACAUCCUCAAUAACAUCUUCAUCAUCAUCAUGUCAUAUAAAGAAGAAAAGAGUUGGAAAAGCUUGUGAUUCAUGUAGAAUUAAAAAAACAAAAUGUGAUGGUAAAAAACCAUGUAAUCGUUGUUUAAUUGAUAAUAAAAUUUGUGUUUUCACUGAAAAGAAAAAAAUGAAAGAAAAAACUCAUCCUCAAGGUUAUAUUGAAUUAUUAGAAACAAGAUUAGAUAUAUUAAGUAAACUGUUUGAAAAAUUAAUUGAAUUAUCAAGACCUUAUUUACCAGUUAUUGAUAAUAUUAUUAAAGAUCAACAAAUACCAUUUGAAGAUGAUGAAGAUUCUUCUGGUGAAGAUGAAGUUAAAAAUUAUGAUGUUAUUCCUAUAAAUAAAGUUGUUGGAUAUUUAAUUGACGAAAAAGGUUUAUUGAAUAAUUUACCAGUUGAAUGGGAAGAAGGUGCAAUAAUUGCUUCAAGAUAUAAUAAUAAAAAUAAAUCAAAUUCUUCAAAAUUAUUUGCAAAUCAUAAAAUUGAAAAUUUAAAUAACAACAAUAUUUCAACAAAUUUAAAAUUAGAUUUUUCAAAUUCUUCUUCAAAUUCAACAAAAGUUAAAAAAAUUAAAGAAGAAUCAAUAUCACCAAUUGAUCAAUCAAGUUUUUUAAAUAAUUUUAAUAGUGUUCCUUUUAAUAAUUUACAAAGAUCAAAUAGUGGAAUAUAUCCAUCUAAUUCAAAUGAAAUUAUAUCAUCAGAUGCUGAAAGUGAUACAUCAAAUAGAAAUCCAGAUUCAAUAUCACCACCUUUUAUACUUGAAUCACAAGAUUCUCAUCAAUUUCAUGGAUCUUUAGGUCAUGUUCCAACUGCUGUUUCAUUAUUUUCAAACAAUGGUGGUACUUCUAUCAGUAAAAAUUCAUCAAUGACUUCAUUAAGUAAUAGAUAUGAAAAUUAUUCAAUCUCAAAUCAACAACAACCACCAAAUUCAACAAAUACAACUAAUUCUCCACCUUUAUCAACUUUCACUUAUAGUCCAAAAUCUUUAUCAGCAAUACGUAGAUCGUCUUCAACUUCAUUAUCUCAUGGUCAAUUAAAAGCAUUAAAAAAUUUAAAUAAUAAUCAUAAUGAUCAUCAUAUUCAUAAACCACCUCAUAUAAGUCAUAAUAGAAUAAAUUCAAUGGAAUUUAAGAAAAGACAUAAUAGUAAUGAAGAAUUAUUAUCUUUAAAUAAUAAUGAUAAUAAUAAUAAUACAUCAUUAGCUGGGCCUAUGAAUGAAGUAUCAACUACAACUACUACUACGGAUUUCAAUGUAUUAAAUCAAUUUGAAAAUGAUGAUCAAUCUAUAUUAUUAAAUAAUGGACCCAUCAAUCAAUAUUCGAUGGAAAAUUAUAAUAAUAAUGAAGAAUUAAAAUCAAAUUUGAAUAAUGAAUUUCCUUUAAAUAAUACAAAUAGUAAUUUUGAUGUAUUAGUUGGUGGAUAUGAUCCAUUUAUUAAUAAUGGUUCAUUUAUGGAAAGAUUUUAG